CGUCGUUGAGGCGAAGGCGCGUACUGACCGUGUUGUUGACAUCUUUCAACAGCGUCCCAACUUUUCGGCUGAGCUUGGAUUCUCAUUCUAGACUUCGAUGGUUGCAGACGCACAACUCACGAAAAAGCGGAAACAAAGCCAUUAUGAUGACGAUAACACAAGUACCUUCAAGGAUGCGGUGGACAUAGAAAUGUUGAGCGAAGAAGAGGGGGAUGAAGGAGAUGAUGGAUUAUAUGAUGGCGAAUAUGAGAAUUUUCCUGGGAUUGAUGUAGAGAGCGAUGAAGAAGACAGCGAGUUUGAAGAUAUCGAAGGAGAAGAGGACAGGAACGAUGACGAGGAAGAAGACUCGCAAGACACGGACAUCGAAAACCACCACGUCUUUCCUCAAGCAAAAGACAUCAUUUCUGACAUUACCGGUCAACCAAAGCGUGUAUUUCCCGAGAUAGAGCCAGAUUAUGACUCUGAUUCAUCGACAGAAGAUGCUCCCAAUCGUGUAGGCAAUAUACCAAUGCACUGGUACGACGACUUGCCGCAUGUCGGCUACGACAUGGAUGGCAAGAGUGUCCUCAAACCAGCGCGAGGGGACGAGCUUGACAAGUUUCUCGAGACUGUUGAAGAUCCCACUGCGUGGACUUCCGCGUUCGACAAAAACACGCAGUCCGAUAAACCGCUCACAAGCGAGGAACUCGACCUUAUCCGCCGAUUAUAUGAAAAUGAAGUCCCCGAUGCUGAAUAUGACCCAUAUGAACCGACAACAGAAUGGUUCACUGGUAAAGGGAAGGAAGAAGUGAUGCCGUUAUCAGCAGCACCGGAGCCCAAACGAAGGUGGAUUCCCAGUAAAUGGGAGAAGAAGAAGGUUAUGAAAAUUGUACGCGCAAUUAGACAAGGUCGCAUCGUGCCCAACAAACCCAAGACCGCCACCGCUCGACCACAAUUUUACGCCAUUUGGUCCGAAACCUCUGCUUCGUAUGCACCUCCUUUACCCGCACCAAAACCCGCCCUUCCCACAAACGCAGAGUCCUAUAACCCCCCAGAAGAAUACCUACCUACAGCAGAAGAGCGAAGGAAAUGGGAGGAAAUGGAACCUGAAGACAGAGAGCGUGAUUAUCUUCCCCAUAAAUAUCCAUCGCUUCGCCUCGUACCAGGAUAUGAUCGUUUCAUAAAAGAGAGAUUCAAUCGCCAAUUGGAUCUGUAUAUGGCACCUCGUGUACAAAGGGUGAAGCUCAACAUCGAUCCUGAAUCCUUAAUCCCGAAGCUUCCCAGCCCCAACAGCCUUAAACCUUUCCCAACUUAUAGAUCCCUGAGAUUCCAGCAUCCAGAUCUUGCUCGAUGUAUCAGUGUCAGCCCCGAUGGAGCUUGGGUCGUCAGUGGUGAUGAAAAGGGCACGGUGUCCCUUUGGGAGAUAAUCGUGGGGAGAGAGGUGAAGCGCUGGAAAUUCGGAGGCAAGAUUGGGGCAAUUCAAUGGUGUCCAAGGAACGAUGCGAACUACUUCGUAGUCGGCAGCGAAGACGCGCUGCAUUGUCUUGUCCCGCCCAAUCUUCCCCAAACCGUUUACCAGGCCACUCUAGAAACUCUCGCCCCUACCAAUCUGCCUCCGACUCCUGAAACACCUUCACCGGUCAAAUGGUCCACCCCCGUUUCUAACAGCUGGACGGACGAGACACCUCUUCUUACUAUACGUUUACCAUCCGGUUCUGGCUUACCGAAUCACGUAGCCUGGCACCGAAAAGGCGACUAUAUGGCUAGUGUCUGUACAGGCGGCAGCCAGGGUGGAGUCUGGAUCCAUCAAAUAUCUAGACGACACUCUCAGGCACCAUUCAAGAAGGUCAAAGGCAAUGUGCAGCUAGUACUAUUCCAUCCGCUAAAGCCUCACUUUUUCGUGGCGACACAACAAUAUGUCCGAAUGUAUAACCUUUCUGAGCAAAAACUGCUGAAAACCCUGAUACCGGGGAUCAAAUGGAUCUCCUCCAUGGACGUGCACCCAUCCGGAGACCAUCUGAUUGUGGGGGGCUAUGAUCGGAAAUUGUGUUGGUUUGAUUUGGAGCUUAGCGACAAACCAUACAAGAUCCUGCGGUGCGUCUCCGUAUUCUUCCUCUGUGGCACGAACAAUCAAUCAUCUUUCUGGCUUUACAGAUACCACUCACGCGCCAUCAGAUCGUUACAGUUCCACCCAAUCUAUCCACUCUUCGCGUCAUCUUCGGACGACGGAACCAUACAAGUGUUUCAUGCAAGGGUAUACAACGAUCUAAUGACAGACCCGCUUAUAGUCCCUCUAAAAAUACUUCGUGGGCAUGGUGUCGCUAACGGCCUUGGUGUUCUUCAAGUAAAAUGGUGCAGCAAACAUCCGUGGCUGGUUAGCGCAGGUGCAGAUGGAGGUAUCAACGUGUGGUGUAGCUAGUGCUUCAAUAGAGAGCACCGAUUUUCAUCUGUUCCCGUCAGGUGGAAAACUUCUGUAUGAACAUUGAAGUCUGCAUCUGAGGGUCGAUGGGUGCAGCCGGUGAAGACGCGCAGUUAUGUUCUUUUAGUUCCCAUG